UGCAAAAGCAGAGAGCUGGGUGUUGAGUUUCUGAAACCAUGCCCUACUGGUUAUUAGAAAACUCUUCGGCAUUUUAAACUCCCAUCUCCUUCUUGACAUUGAAAUUUAAUAUCGUGGAAUUGACACCAAAUGAUGAUGUCAGGCCUUUGGGUUGUCACACCAUCUGUUGGCAGCCUGGCUUUGGAGCUUCUCCCAGUUGAAUUUUGCUGCCUUAAAGCAGAAGCAAAGGAGUAGUGCAUUUGUUAAGAAGAAGACGCCUGAAUCUUUUACUGGACCUGCUUUCAGCAAACUUGUUUUUUAGCAAUGGAAGAGUUAAUAGUUGAACUUCGUCUCUUUCUUGAACUCCUGGACCAUGAAUAUCUAACCUCAACUGUCAGGGAGAAAAAGGCAGUGAUAACCAACAUUCUGCUAAGGAUACAGUCAUCCAAAGGUUUUGAUGUGAAGGACCAUGCUCAGAAGCAGGAGACCGCUAACAGCCUGCCAGCCCCUCCUCAGAUGCCCCUGCCGGAGAUCCCUCAGCCCUGGCUGCCUCCUGACAGUGGGCCUCCACCAUUGCCAACAUCCUCCCUCCCAGAAGGUUAUUAUGAGGAAGCUGUGCCGCUGAGCCCCGGAAAAGCUCCAGAAUACAUCACAUCAAAUUAUGAUUCCGAUGCGAUGAGCAGCUCUUAUGAGUCGUAUGAUGAAGAGGAGGAGGAUGGGAAGGGGAAGAAAACCCGGCACCAGUGGCCCUCCGAGGAGGCCUCCAUGGACCUGGUCAAGGAUGCCAAAAUCUGCGCCUUCCUGCUGCGGAAGAAGCGGUUCGGCCAGUGGACCAAGUUGCUCUGCGUCAUCAAAGACACCAAACUGCUGUGCUAUAAAAGUUCCAAGGACCAGCAGCCUCAGAUGGAACUGCCACUCCAAGGCUGUAACAUUACGUACAUCCCGAAAGACAGCAAGAAGAAGAAGCACGAGCUGAAGAUUACUCAGCAGGGCACGGACCCGCUUGUUCUCGCCGUGCAGAGCAAGGAACAGGCCGAGCAGUGGCUGAAGGUGAUCAAAGAAGCCUACAGUGGUUGCAGUGGCCCCGUGGAUUCAGAGUGUCCUCCUCCACCAAGCUCCCCGGUGCACAAGGCAGAACUGGAGAAGAAACUGUCUUCAGAGAGACCCAGCUCAGAUGGGGAGGGUGUUGUGGAAAAUGGAAUUACCACAUGUAAUGGAAAGGAGCAAGUGAAGAGGAAGAAAAGUUCCAAAUCAGAGGCCAAGGGCACUGUGUCGAAAGUCACUGGGAAAAAAAUCACCAAGAUCAUCAGUCUGGGAAAGAAAAAGCCGUCCACAGAUGAGCAGACCUCCUCAGCUGAGGAAGAUGUUCCCACCUGCGGCUAUCUGAACGUGCUCUCCAACAGCCGCUGGCGGGAGCGCUGGUGCCGAGUGAAAGAUAACAAGCUCAUUUUCCACAAGGACAGGACCGACCUGAAGACCCAUAUCGUGUCUGUUCCGCUCCGUGGCUGCGAGGUGAUCCCGGGUUUGGAUUCUAAACAUCCUCUGACAUUCCGGCUGCUGCGCAACGGCCAGGAGGUUGCAGUACUGGAGGCAUCUUCUUCCGAAGACAUGGGCAGGUGGAUUGGGAUUUUACUCGCAGAGACGGGAUCGUCCACAGACCCAGAGGCUCUGCACUAUGACUACAUUGAUGUGGAGAUGUCUGCAAGUGUCAUUCAGACAGCCAAACAGACCUUCUGUUUCAUGAACAGGCGUGUUAUAUCUGCUAACCCGUAUCUAGGGGGCACCUCCAAUGGCUAUGCCCACCCCAGCGGGACGGCACUUCAUUAUGAUGAUGUCCCGUGCAUCAAUGGCUCGUGGGAACCGGAAGACGGCUUUCCUGCUUCCUGCAGCAGAGGCCUGGGAGAAGAGGUGCUUUAUGAUAACGCAGGCCUGUACGAUAACUUGCCGCCUCCGCACAUCUUUGCCCGCUACUCUCCUGCUGACAGAAAGGCCUCUAGGCUGUCUGCUGACAAGCUGUCCUCUAACCAUUACAAAUACCCUGCCUCCGCUCAGUCUGUCACUAAUACCUCUUCUGUGGGGAGGGCGUCUCUCGGGCUCAACUCGCAGCUCAAAGGUAAAAAGCCCCCCGUGGCGUCUAAUGGGGUCACAGGAAAAGGGAAGGCUCUGAGCAGUCAGCCAAAAAAAGCGGAUCCCGCGGCUGGUGUGAAAAGGACGGGUUCGAAUGCUGCCCAGUACAAGUAUGGCAAGAACCGGGUAGAAGCAGAUGCGAAGCGGCUACAGACCAAAGAAGAGGAGCUGUUGAAGAGGAAAGAGGCCCUGCGGAAUAGGCUGGCCCAGCUCCGCAAGGAAAGAAAAGACCUUCGAGCGGCUAUUGAAGUGAACGCCGGCAGGAAGCCGCAGGCGAUCCUGGAGGAGAAGCUGAAGCAGCUGGAGGAGGAGUGCCGGCAGAAGGAGGCGGAGCGCGUCAGCCUGGAGCUGGAGCUGACGGAGGUCAAGGAGAGCCUGAAGAAAGCGCUGGCGGGCGGAGUCACCCUGGGGCUGGCCAUCGAGCCCAAGUCAGGGACAUCAAGUCCACAGUCUCCAGUGUUCAGGCACCGGACCCUGGAAAACUCGCCCAUCUCCAGCUGUGACACCAGUGACACCGAGGGCCCCGUGCCGGUGAACAGCGCGGCCGUCUUGAAGAAGAGCCAGGCAGCCCCGGGCAGCUCCCCCUGCCGAGGGCAUGUGCUGCGGAAGGCCAAGGAAUGGGAAUUGAAGAACGGGACAUAGGGGACAGCAGCACCACUCCAGCCUCAGAGACUGCACACCCCCUUGCCCGUGUCCUCAUCUGUGUGAUGGCAGGAAGCUCUGCCCAGAGUGGCCUCAGCUGCACAACUCCAGAGGCUCCACGACUGAGCUCUGAGGCCAGUGCCUCUCACCCAGGCCCACUUGUAUUCUUUCUACUGUAAAAUGGCGCCUUUAAAAAAGAUGUAAGACUUUGGUUCCCAACUUUGUUAAAAAACAAAAAAAAGUGAUGGAAAGGUGUUUGAAAGGAUGCUAUCAGGCGAAGUGACAUCUUUCUAACCAGAUAGGCCAUUGCUUUCACCGAUUCCAACCCAGCCCUGGACUGAGGAUGGAUGGUUCCAUGAGCUCCCAGAUGAAAACUUGGAUUCGACGGGGAAGAGCCUGGAUCCCCGGCUGCCCCGGGCAUGAGUGUGGCUGGCGCAUGGGCACUGGGCUCGCCUUGCACGCCCACCAGGAGGGCCAGGGGCAUACGCAGUCCUGACGUGGACUUGUGUCUCGGCGUAUCCUCUCCACGUGCCCGUUCCCUUCCUCAUCAAAGGUAAAGGCAUGAGAAAAUCGCGCUGUGAAACGUUUUUUACCUUUUAUUAUUAUUUUUUUGGACAGAUGCUUUUGUCACAUGCUUUUGUCACCAAGACAUGAAAAGCUGCCAUUCUUCUUAACCUGUUUUUUUAAGAAUGUCUUUUUAUUGUGUGUCGCACUUAGAUCAAGGAUUUUUCAGAGGUUCCUUAUUUUAUUAAUUAAUUAUUUGUGCUGCUUUUGACAGGUAGCAGAGGGUUUUAAUACUUCACUAACAGUACACCCUCCUCCCCCUUGGGCUAGCAUCCCCAGCCCUUAAUCCACGUCGGAGCCGGCAGGUGAUUCUCACACCAGGAGUCUCUGGGGCAGGGGCUGGCUCCUCGCCGCUGUACAGGACGUUUACUGCUGCUCGGGGCCAGGGCAGUCCUUUGAAAGGGAAGCAAGUUCCGGAACUUGUUCCCUUAUAGAACUAUAACACCUUAGAGCAAGAGGCAGGAAUUCUAGGGACUUGUUCCCUCAUGGAACUAUAACAUAUAACAUCUUAGAGCAAAAGGCAGUAAUUCCAGGGCCUCCUGCCCCUCCCCCUCCCCUUCCUCCGGCUUGUCAAGUUAAACCACUAAUGUGUUGGUGGGCCUGGCCGUGCUGCCUCUCCUGAGUGGGGUGGGUGCAGGUAGGGCCUCUUUCCCAGCUUUCUUGCUUGCCUUCUGUGCAAUAUUUCUUGGAGAAUUUGGAUGCCUAAGGCAUAAAGGAAAAAAACGGAGUUCAUAGUUUGAGCUGGUAUCUACCCCCUGGGUUUAAAAAUCAGAUUAACUUCUUGGUCUCCCGGAGGUUGCUGUCAGGAAUUCUCCAGUACGGGAAGAUGCAGUCACUGAUGACGAAAUAAGUCACCCCUGAACGCCUCCGCAGGCAGGUUCAUGGAGACCAGUCCCAGCAGCGAUCGCCCCUUCCCCAAGCAUAGAAUACAGAGGUGCCACACUUGGUGUAAGCCUUCCUUCUGUCCACCAUCCAGAAUGUCGUUUUUCACACAGAGGAAGAGAUGGCGGGAAAACACUGACUCCUUGGGUUUCCCCCAGACAUACUUUCAGAGCGCUAGCUGUGUGGUGCACGGGACUUUACAGUUAGGAUUCAUGUUUAAGGUGGUGGCGCUUGAGGCCAGGGCCACGUUGGAUUACUGAAGCGGGAAAGCGGUCUCCCGUGUAUAAGAAGAAAGUUUUACAACACGAAUUGGAAGCUGCUUGAGUCCACCUGAAGUUGAAUUGAUUGCAAAGCCAUCUGCCGGGAAUGGUUUUGGGUUCCUGAGCCGUCAGCCAGCCUUUCCCCUCUGAUGCACGUUCCUCCCGGCUUAGUCCGUGGAGGCCCAUCACACCAGCAUCCGUGACGCCAGCUUCCCACUAGGACAUCCAGGCAGGUCGGGCGGGGACGCCACACGCCUCAGGGCCGUCCGCUGCAUUGCCAUAGAGGAGCCCUCCCUCCAGUGGUCACUUCCCACCAUUGCAGGCAGCUGGGCCCACUUCAUAUCACACAAAAUGAAUUUUCUAUAAAGGGAAAAAAGUUUGCUCCUCCAUAGAUUUUUGCUACCUUUGGGUCAAAUGGUUUCCCCGGUUGAGGCUCUUGGGCCACUCUGAUUGGCAGCCUGCUUUGCCAAAGAGAACUGUGUGAGGUUUUGGUGGUUAGUAAGAGAAGGGGGAGAUGGCCAGCCUGAAGUCACGGUCCUGGCCCAGCACAGGUGGGCAGCAGCGAGCUGGCAGGUGAAGCGUGAGCAGCACACAGAGUGUCACAUGGGCCUUAGCCGUCACCCACCAGCUUCCUCACCAGGCAAGGAGGCCCCGGAGCCUUAGCAGGGACUUGCCCGAGGGCACAGCUGAUUGGUGCUCGACUCCCAGCAUGCAAUAUUUUGUUGUCAAAACCCAGGUUUGUAAUUCACAUCCACAACCCUAAGCCUUUUAAAGAGGAGGCAAACGUUAACGAACCCCAUCGUGGUCCAUGGAGCCUUUCAAAAUGGGUGCCCUGGAGGGGCCUGACAGUGGGUUCCUUCCAUGGCGGAUACUCCCUUGAAAUUUCACAUUCCAUCAAAGUUUAAAGCAUUUACUUCAGAAUAAGUUAUUUAUGUGUAUAUGUUCAAUAAAUAUAGUUUUUAAUUUAUAUCUGUACAUAUUAGACACACGCGAGCCAUCUUGCCAGAUUUCUGACAGUGAUGUCAUUUUAUUCCCCUCCCAAAACAUGCCCCAGGAACAAGCACCCCUUGCCUCUGUGGCAGCUGCGAGUGUGUCUGAUUUCAUAACGAAGCCAGGCUGAGGGCAAGAGGCCCGACAGGCAGGCCAGGGUCCCCAGAGAAGCCAGGAUGAGGGGUACAGAGGCCCGACAGGCAGGCCAGGGUCCCCGGAGAAGCCGGAUUUCUUCGCAGUGUCACUGGUACUUAGCAGAUGGUCGUGUUCACAGGGGCUGGCCACCUGUACUACGGUGCCAACCGCAUUGCGAGGAAUGUGGUGGCCAUGCGAUGGAGCUGGCUGGAGGACAGGCCAGGUGAGGGGGCCGACCCCUGCGGGGCUCAGGGCUCCUUCCAUUCUAACCUUGAGCCACAGUGUCACUCUUCAGGGCUCUGCUCCUGGCUCUAUUUUGUUAAGGUGUCAUCAGCCUUCAACCUCCAUUUAUAUAUUUUUAUAAUGUUAAGCCACUGACCAACUUUUUUCAUAGAAACAACUAUCAGAUUCGAGGGCUCGCUUUGUCCCCCUGACCUGGGCACAGGCAUGGGCCAUGGCUCCCUCUUCCCAGAAUGUGGGGGGAACCGGGGCAAGGCCCAUCUGUCUGCAAGGCUGGUAGCUCUCUCCCUCGGCUUCCAGAGUCCACGGCAGUUGCAAGGUAACCAGUGUGGGUCUGCUGAGUCACCCCAGGCACCAGACUCGCCCCAGGAGCACGGGCCACUGUCCAUGGGGCCUUCCUUGAGACCUUCCCUUGGGGCUGGCGGGCGGCGGCUUACCAGCUGGGUCAGUCCCGUCUCGCCCCUCUGUGCCUAUGCCCUGGCGUUGCCAGGCUUAACCUUCCCCUGUAUCUUACUCAUCCCAGAGUUAUUACCGGCCAUUUCUAAAUAGACAAAAACUACCCUAAAAUGUGGAGAUUUACUCCUUUUGAAAAGUCUGUUUCAAAAAGUGUGUCCUCAGCUCUGGAGGCCACCCCCAGGAAGGAGUUUGAGGUUCAUUGUCAUUAUGGCCACAGUUUGGUGCUUGUGCACGGGACUCAAAGGGCAGCGUUGAAGCUGGGGUUAGGUGUAGGCUUGUGAGCAUAGCUCCCUUGUUUGUGGCCACACCUUACCUUUCCAAAAAGGCUAUUAAUUCUACUCACCCACUAUUUGGGGGGAAGUAAAUUUUGUCCACAGACUUUGCUACCCAGGUGAGGUGCUCUGUUCAUGCACGGAACUCAUGUCAUUAGACACCGUCCAAGGAUGGGCAGCCUGCAGUGUGGCCGGCGACUGCCAUCCAGAGAAAAGGCACCUCGUGCCACAGGGCGGGGCCGACACCCUGAGCUCACAGGUGGCACCUGCAUUCAGGUGGAUGUCCAUCCUUGAAACAGCCUCUUCUGGGAGCACAGCACUGGAGGUCUCCAGGCAUCAGGGUUGGCCGGCAGGGUGCCCUGCAGCUUACAUAAAGGUCGUGGCAAUAUUUCAAUGUUAAACUAUUGCCUUCCUCUUACUUUUCCUAAAAUAAUUUUCUAAUGGGAACAGUAACUUCAAGUUCAUGACAUAGUUUGAAGGAGGAUAAUUCAUUUUUUCCUGGUUGUCACUGUCUUCUUAUCCCCUUGGUGGGCUGGGUUCAUACUGUGAAAUAAACUAAAAUGAAACCGAAACGUUCCUGCCGUAAAUACGUGGCACAGCACUGCAGAAAAAGCAAAGUCACCUCUAUUCGUGAGUCCCCAAGCCAUAGCAGGGCGUCUGUAAAAGAAGGGAAACUGCACUUAGGAAGUGGUGGGCGUCAGACGCAUCCUUUCGCCCGUAGUUCAUGAAAUAGUUCCGGCUUUGGUCUUCCAGAAAAUCUCAACUUCACCGUGCACAAGUGUUACCGGGUCUUUUUAGUGUAGCCAUGCAAGAUAUUUUCAAAAGGACCUCUUCAGAUCAUAAUUCUUAGGACCAAAGGUGUUUUUAAUCUUUUUGAUUUUCUAACAAGAAAGGAAAUAUUCACUUUAAAUUUUAACAUCAACUUUUCAGUGAUAUUCAGAAUUAAUUGACCAUGGCGAUACGUUGUAAAAUGUUUUCAUAUCAAGAAUGUAAUUAUUUCCUUAUUGUAUUUUUUAAAAGCUAAAGUCAUAUUUAAAAUUCUCUUUGAAAGAAACAGGCAAAGAAACAGCAAAGAUUUUUUUAAAUUAAAUAUGUUGGUAGUGCCCACUUUAAAUGACUGUAAAUAUAUUGUCACUGUUUCUCAAUGUAUUUAAUUCAUAAAGUAAAAAUUUUAUGAAAAGAAACUUGCAAGGAAAAUCCUAGUUUUCAGUCCACUCGCCCCACUUUGUAGUAGCUUCACUGAAUUUCCUGCUUUCCUGGUUGAAUUUUCUACUGUCUCACGUGGUGUAACCCUAGACUGGCGCCCUUGGCGUGCCCCUUUGUGUAUGAAUAAACUUCUCUCCCCCA